AUGUCUGAGGGCAAUCAUCGUGACGCUCCCUUGGUGUGUCCUGAACUGGAUAUUUAUCAGUUUGGUUAUCCAAGGUGUGAUACAGCAGAUUCCAUGGCAUCAAGCUCCAAUGAUUCUCCUUUUUUAUGCACAUAUGAUGAUUUGUCACUCUUGGAAAGUGGUCUGUACCAGCAAAAGUAUGGUGAUAUGAGUGAUAAAUGCUAUAGAACUCAGGACAAGACAUGGGAAUCCAUUGAUUCAAGGUUCCUCAUGUUGCUAGGAUUCUUUAGAGAAUUGUUUUUCCGAAGAAGGGAAGUUUUCAAGAAAUUAUUUCCAGAGUUACAUGAUGAAUUUCUGGGGAUGUUCAAGAAAAUUGGUAACAUCAAUUUAUACGUGGAAAAACCUGGUGAAUUCAAGACUAGGGCAUUAUGCUUGCAAAGGAGCUUGAGUGUUGGCUCACCAAGAACACCUUCGAGAAAUGGAUGUGAAUCGCCAUUAAGGCUCGAGAGGUUCAAGGUUCGCACGGUGGUUCCUGGCGGCGGUGGCCAAGGUGACAGAGGUGCUUCUAAUUAA